CAGAAGUAGGAUCUUCCGAGGAGCACGUGAACGCAGCAUAAAUACGCACAAAGCAAUUGCGCAGCUCCGAGUGCCUGUUGCGUCUGCUGCCUGUCGCUGGUCAAAGUUGUGAAAGAGUUUGCUGCUGAGAUGUCUACUGCUCUGAGUCUGCGCCUCCUCAACUCCUACUCAAGGCCAGGUGUAUUUGGGGUCAAUCCCGGCCUUGUGCGUCCAUUCAGUGUCAGUGUGCAGAGGGAGGCCUACAAAUAUGUAAAUGCCCAGGAGCUGCCGACCGAUCUGAGGUCCAUCACUGACAGGGCUGCCACAACUCUCCUGUGGACUGAGCUCUUUAGAGGUUUGGCGAUGACCAUGAGUUACCUGUUCCGCGAGCCUGCCACCAUCAACUACCCGUUUGAGAAGGGCCCUCUCUCCCCCCGCUUCCGUGGAGAGCAUGCCCUGCGCCGCUACCCCAAUGGAGAGGAGCGCUGCAUCGCCUGCAAGCUGUGUGAGGCCAUCUGCCCCGCCCAGGCCAUCACCAUCGAGGCUGAGACUCGCGCUGACGGCAGCAGGAGAACUACGCGCUAUGACAUUGAUAUGACCAAGUGCAUCUACUGCUUCUGCCAGGAAGCCUGCCCUGUUGAUGCCAUUGUGGAGGGUCCAAACUUUGAGUUCUCCACCGAGACCCACGAGGAGCUGCUGUACAACAAAGAGAAACUGCUCAACAACGGAGAUCGAUGGGAAGCUGAGAUUAGCAGCACAUACAGGCUGGACUACUUGUACAGAUAGACUGGCUGUUGGAUUGUAAACUGUCUGCCAAGACAACAUGUCCUAUUAGCACAUUAUAUAUGUGUGAUUCUACUAUGCAGCAAAGAGAUUCAUGUAGUUUUUACAGAUGUUCCAGUGAGUCUCAAAUGA